UCAAGAAGGGGGUGUGGCGUAUCAGACUGGUUGCAACAGGGCUUGUUUGUAGCGCACGUUCGCCGGUCGGGUCGUACGGUGUGUCUCUGCUUUAUUAAGACAGACUGCCUUGCUGUUUUAGGGACCAUGCAUCUGUGGUGGACUGCCUGGCAAAGAGUGGCGCCACUUGUGCGGAGACCUGUCUUCACAAGGAAUGUACUCUCUUUGCGACACAUGUCAUCCAGUCAGGUCCCAGGCUCAUCAGGAGACAACAUGAUGUACAUUCUUCUAACUGGUGGAUGUUGCUUAGGGGCUGGAUUUUACGCUUAUAGAACUGUAACAAGAGACCAGGCAAGGUUCAACGAUAGGAUUGAAGAACUUAACCGCCGGCCAAAGCAACAAUGGACCCCAAAGCCUUGGCCACCAAAGGCAGUAGAACAAGAGGAAUCUGGAGAACAGGUUGCAGAAGAGCCUUUGGUGGAGCCUCAGCUAGAAUCACACGUUCAGGAAAUAGCAGAGGCUCUGGAAGAGGCAGCAGCAGAGGUGACAGCAGAAGUAUCCAUCAUACCUGAAAAAGAAGCUGACUCUGCACCAGCUGAAGAAGAAGUUGAACUUCCAUCAACAGAGCAACUAUCUCCUGUGAUGGAGCAACCUGAAGAAGCCAGUGCAGAGGAGGUCACAACAGUUCAAGAACCUACUAUAGAAGCCAUUCCAUUUCCAGAAAUUACUGAAGACACUUCAGUUAAUUCUGAAGCAGUCCUAAAGGAGGAGGAGCCCUUGGCCACUUCUGAAGACCCAGUGGUAUCGCCACCUUUGGACAACUGCAAUAUGUCUGUCGGCCAAUAUUUAGCUGAAGAUGCUACCCAGGAAAGAAAAGAACCUGCAGCAGAUGGAGAACUGGCUUCUGUAGCUGUCCAACCCAUUGAAAUAAAAACACUAGAGGAAGAAGAAGUGAUUAUAACAGACAGAGAGUUUGUGCCCAACGCUCAGCCUGCUGAUGAAGAAACCAUCUUGCAAGAUGUCACAGAUGCUGCUGCCCAGGUUUCAUCAACUGCUGAUGAGGUCAUGCUAAAAGAAGAGGAAUCUGCCGAGAACUCAACAGAAAUACUGGAAGAAACUGCUCAGGAAUUUGAAGAAUCCACAGGUGUAGCUGAAAAUUCUGUCUCAGAAAUACAAGAGGAAGAAUCUGUCAAGAAACAAGAAAGUCCUACAGAUGGCCAUGCAGAAGUUGCCCAGGAGCAUCAAGCUGCUGAAACAGACACUGAAGAGAAAAAAGUCGCAUAUGAGGAAGAAAGCAUAACACAAGCGGUGGCCGAGGAUGUAGCUCUGGGUGAAAGAGCCUAAAUUGACUUGACGACAUCCUGAAGAAGCAGAAUUUAUAGUAGAAAACCACAGUGCCUUCCUUCAUUUUACUCUCCAUGUACAUUGCAGGCUUGACAUGUAAUCACAAAGAGAUGAAAUUAACUAGAUUCAUUAACAUUUGCUACAACCAAUCAAUGUGCUUAAAGGCAUUCAGAACAAAAGUAACUCAAACUUGUUAACUCCAGUGCAGAGUCAAGGGGAGCCAAAGCCUGUCCUAACAGCCCUGAUACAUUUCUAAUACUACUCAAAACUUUCCUUGGUGUUAGUUUUUAGAUAAAAUACCCUUUCCCUUAAAGUUGUUUCAAGUAACAUUUGUCUUAUGAACUGUUAAACAGAUUGUGAAACUGCUGCAUCUGUCGUUCAUGACUUAGGGCAAUGUGCAGUAUGAUUUGAAUUCUUUUACAUGCUUCUCAUAAGGUCUGUCCUAAUGAUAUUAAAUGCCGGGACACCUUUGGUCUGAGUUGUGAACCCAAAAGCAAUCUAGUUUUAUCUACCGAGUAACUAGGGGCUCAGAAUUCCACAUUUAUUUUGCUAUUCUGACAUUUUAUAUUCAGAUGUUAAAUAUGCACCAUGGUGGUGAGGAGGACAGGAGUUAGCUCUACUGCCUCACUGUCCCUGGAGAGUGGGUUCACGUUUUAGUCAGAUCAACCCCUAUGUGGAGUUUUCAUAUCAAUUCAUUUCCUGCUGUAGGAACACCCACAUCCAUACAAAAAGGAUGGAUGUACAAGGAUGAAAAUGGCCUCCAUAUUAAUAAAUAGUGAAUGACGUGGUUGACAGAUUAGUUUUAGAUAUACCAUAAGUAUGACUAAGAUACAUGCAUCCUUCUUUUUGUCACCGGAUAAGAUGAUAUAUUUAUAUUUUGGUGUGAAAACCAACAUUUAAAUUUUGUUGCAUAAAGAUGUUAUCAAAUCUCUGAUCAUAAUGGUGUCUUUAUGGGGACUGAUUUAAGGUAUACACCAGGAAAAGAUUUAGAGGCCAUGCAAUGGCUUACAUGCUUAUAUUUUUCUCCAAUACCCAGGAAGGCAAUACCUGGAAAGAGAUUCAUAAUUCUGCAUGCACUAAAUCAACAUAUAUUUUUGGUUUAUUAGUUUUAGUUGUAGCAUAUAUAUUACGGUUCACAGCAUAUAUAUUAUGGUUCCUUUCUCCACUGGAUUGGCCAUUAUCCUACUGACUACGCCAAUCUGUAACAAAAAUUAUGACCUCAGAAAUGUAAAAAAGGUUGGGAAUCUAGGAAGAAGUUGUGAAUGGGACUGGGAGACCGAAAAACACUAAAACAAAGUUUAGAGACAGAACAGAGUUAAAUACCAGGACCAGGACAUCAAAGACAAAAACAACACACUAGAACUUCUUGGGAAAUAAUAAAAGAAGACUCUCAAAAUUUUUGAAAAAAGCAACUACAAGUCCAGAAAUUUGGACAAUGAAUGAUGAACAGUGACAACUUUAUUACUGUCGUACCAGUGACGUCACUUGUUAUGACCACUCAUGUCACAUGGUACCAUAGAGACUACACGCAAAGCAGUGCAAAGUGGCGGCACCCAUAAGGACAACAAAUGAUGGCACACGAAGACUCCAAAUAACUUUAAAAUACUGAUACCUCAAGAUAAGAAAUCUAAUUACAAACAUGAACUCCGCAUAUAUGCCUAAAAAGAACAAGAAAAUCAUAGAAAUUUAUAACUGUUCAUAUUCAUGGCAGCAGGAAACCCUAUUUAUUGCCUUUUUGGCAAAACAGUAAAUUGUUUGCAGCAGAACUACUGCUGACAAAAUCAGGGGUCAGUUCAUUGAAAACACAGAGGGUUGUGAUAGUUAUAAUCCUUUAUCUUAUGGUUUCCAGAAGGGGACGCAGCAUGUGGUACACUACAAGCAGGGUUAUGGAUCUCCUUCUUGGUCUUUAAUGCCCUCUGUUGGAUGAGAAGGCUUGUAUCUAAAGGGCUGGGCAGCCUCCAGAUCAUUCUCUGGCGGCUCCUUAUAAUCAGUACUUGUAAAGACAGCAGCAUUAUCACAUACAUAACCGUGUAGUUUAAGAUGCUGAAUCAAAGUUGGAGGGGAACAAUUAAAAAUAUGCUAAUAAUGUAUUAAGUGUAAUGUCCCCAACUUUUAAACACCUGGACUAUUUCACAUAAUUUUUUUCUUCCAGAAUUUUAGCCUCUUUUAUAUGUAGCUUAGUUUAUAAUAAUGCCUAAUGUAUAAGAAUGCUUUAGUUGAAAACUGCUGGCUACCAGUGUUGUUCUUUCCUCCAUUUUAACUUUAUAUUGUCUUUCCCACUUUUCACUGUUUAUAUCUUAGCAUUUCUCAGAUGUUCAUUUACAAUGUCCCAGGGUGGGCGAACAUUCUGAAAACAUAACAGUUAUUCCUAAUUACCUCAUGUUUCUUGUUUUCUCUUUCAGCGUGUGUUUUAAAAGUGUGAAGCAAAGAAUUCUUAUUCUCAGACAAUCUGUACAUGUUGUGUAAGUUUUUUGUAGCUAUAAAUUGGGCCAAUUUAAAAUGUGAGUUAACCACAGUCACUUUAUUUAAUGGCAUUAGGUAUAAGAACAGAAUGUGAGCUUCUGUUCACUUAUCAGGGACAGUGCAUGUGUUAGGUGGAGGUCUGGUCUUCACAGUAUGGUUUACAAUCAAGAUGUCAGCCGAGAGGCUGAAACAAAGGCUUUGGUCCAAGUAAAAAAAGACUCAGGAUUUCUGGUCAAAAUUAAAAUAAUGUUCCAAUGGAAGGUUUACACUUUUCACUCUACCUCACAAAUGAAAUGGAGUAUUUUCCCAAAAUCAGAUAUAAUAUUAGCUUUGCAUGUUGUAAGAUAUUAUCUGGUUAGAUGGCUAAAUAUUCAUAUGCAUCCUUUGUUUUAGAACAUAUUAAAAAUAGUAAUCUUAUUUAGGUAGUAAAUUGUGGAUGAGAAAGAAAAAAAUUCAACAUAAGAAGAUAUCAAACAUAUAUUGAAUCGUGUCCAAUGAAAAAGUGUGCUGCUGCUAAAUAGUUGUAUUGAUUAAAAUAAUGGAAAUAAAAUAAUUCUGUGAAGCCAGAGUA